UUAUUUCAAUACCCAAACCCGUGGCGAAUUGUUAGCGAUGGAGAGUCUUCUGGACAACCCCAUGAAAGCCGUGCUGUACCUCAAAGAGCUGACCACCAUCGUGCAAAACCAGCAGAGUCUCAUCCAAACGCAGAGGCAGAGAAUCGACGAUCUGGAGAGGAAGGUGCAAGACCUGAUCGGAGAAAACCGGCUUCUGAGAGAACCUCAGCAUCAGCACCAGCAUCCUCCUCCUGCACCACCGCGGAACACCAGCCCUGCUCCGCCGGCCGGGCCACAUCCUCCGGCGGCCGUGACUCCGAGUCAAGCAUCGCAGCAUCAUCCAACUCCACCGGUCCAUCACCACCACCACCAACACCAUCAUCAUCCUUCUCCGCCGCGCCAGCUGCAGCUGGUACCGGCUGCUCAAGCCAACAACGCCGGGUCUCCACCGGAGGAGCGGGAGGACCGAGCCAGGAGCCCGCGCUGCAGAUCACUGGUGCCGCAGCCGCCCGCAACCCUCUGCCGCUCCACCGGACUCGCCAGGAAACCAGAGAACCAGACAGUGCUGCACCAGUUCUGCUGUCCCGCGCCCGACGCUCCGGACGGUCCGGACGCCCCCGAGGCCGACUCCAAGGCCUGCGUUCCCAGCAAUGAAGAUCCCCCUCCGGUCUCUCCUGAGGUCCCUUCUCCACCUACAGAAGGAGGGGUGUCGACUCCGCCGGCCGACGGAGGAGGGGGGGGCGGAGAAGAUGAUGUGGAGCCAGUGACUCCAAAACCAGUGGUGGUCGAAGCGGAAGUUAAAGAGCAAGAGCAAAAGGAUACAAAUCCGGAAGAGGAACCGACAACAGAAGCCCAGCAAGAGGAGAAAGAUGAGAAAAACGAGCAGGAGGACAAAGGAAAGAGAGAAACGGAGGAAGAGGAAUCUGGAGGAAGGAGUGGAGGUGCGGGAGGUGGCCGGAGACCCAGUCUGCACCAUACCGCCUCCUCACCCUUGAGGGUGCACAGGAACGGGGCCUGCAGCCAUGCCGCCUCUUCUGACUACGAGCUCUCACUUGACCUCAAAAACAAGCAGAUCGAAAUGUUAGAGCACAAGUAUGGCGGCCACCUCAUUUCACGCCGCGCCGCCUGCAAGAUACAGACAGCCUUCCGCCAGUACCAGCUCAGCAAGAACUUCGAGAAAAUCCGCAACUCCUUGCUGGAAAGUCGACUGCCCCGACGAAUCUCUCUGCGCAAAGUGCGUGUGCAGAACACAGAGGGCUUCUCGGCCGAGCGGGCGCUGGCCGAAGGCUGCUCUGUGGCAGGCAUCCCCCUGGUCCGGUCCCCGUCUCUACCCACCACUGUGGGUGGCACCAUCACCAACCUGGAAGACUCCUUUAAUGAACAGGUGCAGUCACUAGCCAAGUCCAUCGACGAUGCCCUGAGCAGCUGGAGCAUGAAGACCAUGUGCUCGUUGCAGGAAGGAGGCACCUACCAGUUUAGCACUGACGCCUUCACCAGCGCAGGUGGCAAGCCUGCCGUGGCAUUAACUGUUGGCGAAAGUGCCACCCUGGAUCCGACCACCACCCAAGGUUCAACAAUCCAGGGGAAUGACUCUGAGAGCAUCUCUUUAAAUGCCAGUAAAUUGAUGAUGGCUUUUCGGGAUGUGACGGUGCAGAUUGACAGCCAAAACUUCCGCAUGUCCUCCUCUGUCAUGGAGUCUUCCACAUCAGUGUCCCUUGGUAACUGUGUUCAGCAGGGGGUCACAGUGACCGAAAGCUUAAUAAAGUCUCCUGUGGAAGCAGUUAAAGACCAAGAACAGCUCCAACCUCCACUAGAUGUAGUCCCUCCACCUCCAGAAUCAGAUCCCGGGGAAAUACCAGAUGGGGAUUUUCCAGCGCCACCACCAUGCGAUGAGGAACUUGAAGAAGAUCUACCACCUCCUGCCCUGGAGGAGACACCAGAUCCAGGUCCGGACGGUGUGUCCUCAAGGGAGACUGUAGAAGACGCUGUACCUCUGGUGGAGGUGGGAGGGACUUCGGUGGCCCCUACCGUGGAGGUUCUGGAGGCCAAGCGACAACUGUCGGACCCGGCCGACAACAGUUCGGAGCAGAUGAGCAGCAGCAGCACGUCGACGUCGGCCCGUUCAGCCUCAGAAGCUUCAUCCAAAGAGGCGCUGCAGACUAUGAUGCUUAGCCUGCCCCGGUACCACUGCGAGAACCCUGCCAGCUGUAAAUCACCUACACUUUCCACAGACGUCAUACGCAAACGACUCUACCGCAUCGGCCUCAACCUUUUCAAUGUAAAUCCAGAUAAAGGCCUGCAGUUCCUCAUCUCUCGUGGUUUCAUCCCUGACACGCCCAUAGGUGUGGCCCACUUCCUGCUGCAGAGGAAGGGCCUCAGCCGUCAAAUGAUUGGAGAGUUCCUCGGCAACAGCAAGAAGCCUUUCAACAAAGACGUUCUGGAUUGUGUGGUGGAUGAGAUGGACUUCUCGGGGAUGGAGCUGGACGAAGCUCUGAGGAAGUUUCAGGCUCACAUUCGCGUACAGGGAGAGGCACAAAAGGUGGAGCGACUUAUCGAAGCGUUCAGUCAGCGCUACUGCAUGUGCAAUCCAGAUGUGGUGCAGCAGUUCCACAACCCGGAUACAAUCUUCAUCCUGGCCUUCGCCAUCAUCCUCCUCAACACAGAUAUGUACAGCCCCAACAUCAAACCCGACCGCAAGAUGAUGCUCGAGGACUUCAUUCGAAAUCUGAGAGGAGUGGACGAUGGAGCCGACAUCCCUCGUGACAUGGUGGUUGGCAUUUAUGAGCGAAUUCAGCAGCGAGAGCUCCGCUCAAACGAAGACCACGUCACCUACGUCACCAAAGUGGAACAAAGCAUCGUGGGAAUGAAGACGGUCCUGUCAGUCCCUCACAGGAGACUGGUGUGCUGUAGUCGCCUGUUCGAAGUGACCGACAUCAACAAGGCACAAAAACAAGCUGCUCACCAGAGAGAAGUCUUCCUAUUUAACGACCUCAUCGUGAUAUUAAAGCUUUGUCCAAAGAAGAAGAGCUCAGCAGCCUACACAUUCUGUAAAGCCAUGGGUUUGCUGGGUAUGCAGUUCCACCUGUUCGAGAAUGAAUAUUAUCCUCAUGCCAUAACCAUCGUAUCUCCCGUCUCUGGCUCGGAUAAGAAGCAGGUGUUGAAUUUCUGUGCUCAAAGCUCAGAGGAGCUGCUGAAGUUUGUGGAGGAUCUAAAGGAGUCCAUCGCUGAAGUGUCUGAAAUGGAGCAGAUCCGUAUUGAAUGGGAGUUGGAGAAGCAGCAGGGAGCCAAAGCUCACUCAUCUAAGAACAAUGGCACCCAGUUGGAACUCCGGGGAAGACAAAGUUCACCAUCGGGCAAGGCUGAAGUGGAGGCGACGCCGGGUGGAAAUGCUGUGGAGGCUUCAGACGUACCAGCUCAGUGCAGUGUCAACCCCUGAGAGAGCCGCCCUUCUCAACCAGCGAGUGGAGCUCUGCCAGUCGCCGUGUGCCAGCCCCGCCGCCUCAUACCACCACCAGCGGCCCGACACGCUCAUCCAGUGCCAGCAGAUCGUCAAGGUCAUCGUGUUGGACAAAGGCGGUCACGGGCGUGUCGAGGCCCUUCUUGGUCCCACCCACCGUGUCGCUUCGCCUGACGGGGACGCAUCCCAGCAGGAAAAGGACGGGUCACAGCCCCCGCUGCCUCCACCUCCUCCACCCUACAACCAUCCUCAUCAGUACAUCCCACCUGAUCCUCGUUUAACCCUCCACAGAACCCACAGUGGAUCUCGCAGUAUAGUGUAGAAUUAAAGGAACAUAUAUAGAGCAUAUAUAAAUACAUAUAAAUCAUUUAUUUCCACAUGCUUACCGCUGACCUGUGUAUAUAUGUAAACAUACCUGACAAUGUAUUUAAAAAUUAAAUAAGA